CUGCAACGGACCUUUUUCCCUAGGUUUCAGGUGGCCGGAUUCAUGGUAGCAAACUACUUUUUCUGCUAAAGAAGAAGGGAAGCUGUAUGUCCGUUUCCGGUGGCCGGAUUCAUGGUAACAAACUACUUUUUCUGCUAAAGAAGAAGGGAAGCUGUAUGUCCGAGUUUAUAUGGAACACCUGAGCAAGAAGCCGAGGACGUUACCUGGCAGGCGUCAGAACUCUAGGUGGGACAUGGCAUCUUCUAACCACUCCCCAGAUCAAGCAAUGAACAAAGCUCUAGCUAGGCCGGAGCCGCAAACAGAGACUGCUAUCGUGCAGAUUCCGACCUUCACUUUCUGGACAGCAUGUGCCCACUGCAAUGCGCCUCAGUCAUGCUCCAUGAGUGCCAUUGGAUGCCUCGUCCGCUGCCAGACCUGCCGGAGACUAUUCCCCCUGAAAUCCUUUCCCGUCGAUACCAAUCUUGCAGCGCAAAGGAUUUCCAGCGUUCCUUGGACCCUGCAAAACUAUGGGUUAAGCUCCUCCAAUGGGGGUGCCGCUAAAAGAAUGGAGCACUAUGGAAUUCAGAACCAAGUGAAAGGCAGUGAUGCCAACAUAGGCGCGAUGAGCGUUAUUAGGUCUCCAUUGGCUGGAGAAGCUCAGGAAAAGAGCUCCAAUCCAGAGGAAUCGGUGCCAAAUUCGAAGACUGCUACUGAUCAGUUGUUCAGGCAAGGCGUGCAACUAAUGUUAAAGGCUUUCCUUGCCCGGACCGAAGGUGCUAGCCAUGACGAACUUGGUGACCUUAAGCGCUAUGGGAAGAUAAUUCUUCAAAGUAUUGCUGAUCUUGGUAUUGUCGACCCUGGCCUAGGUGCUCUUCUUGAGAACUUAAACCGGCAAGCCGCCGAUGUAACCGCACGCCGGUCAUCGGUCUCUCUCUCUGAAGCCGCUCAUGCAUCAUCUACCAAGACAGCAGAUGCCAUUCAUCAAGAGAAGUUGAAGGCACUAGCAUUGAUGACAGCUGCUGAUGAGGAAGUGUCUACCCACAUGAAGCAGGUGGAAAGGACAAAGGCAGCUCUGUCAGAGGCAAGGGAGAGGGAAGAGAUGGCAAAGAAAGCUAGAAUUCAAGCAGAGGAAGACCUAAUUCUUCAAGAACAGCAGCUGGCAAACAAGGAAGCGUCAAGGGAUGAGGCAAGGGAUGCUUUGGAAGAAAGGGAGAACACACUGGCCAAGGCUAAGUUGAAACAGUUAAAUGCAGAGAAAGAGAUGCUUAAGUGUGUGGAAGAGCUUAAAUCCAGUGAGGAUAAAUGGAGAGUUCUCUGCCAACAAGCCCCGGGUUCUAAGAACUGGAUUCUGUGAAGCCACAUGCUUGUUUUCCGCUAUCAUCAAAGCAGGCUCCUUCCUCGUUACCUUUUUUGUAGUCCUUGAAGUUUGAACACAAAAUGGCUGACUUGACAUAUAUAUCCAGAAAGUAAUGAUUCACUGUUCAUAUUAUACAAUG